ACUCGAUCGUCCAUGGUUGGCCUACCGCGCAAGGCGGAAGCGUCGCUCCGCGCGCUCAAGGUCGCGUACGCCAAGGCCAUCGAGCAGCUCGACGACGCCGGGUCCUUCUUCCAUGCAGCCGACCUGCAUGACCAGACGACGACGCCGGCGAUCCGCAUCGAUGGCCUCCUCGCCGGCGACUGGUGGAGCUGGCCCGCCAACGCCGAGGACGUCGUCGCGCACCACGCAGCGCCCAACGGGUCGGGCCUCGUGGGCGUGCACCUCGUGCAGUUUGACCAUACGACGUACUCGGAGAGCCGUAUCUGGAGUGAUCUCAUCUAUGGCCUCUCGACGGCGAUUGCGGCGGCGCUCAAGCCGGCCGGCGACAUUGAGCCGCACCUGACGCACCUCGCGAUCGACGGCGUCGGCGCACCGCCCAUUUUCUCGUGCACAGACGAGCUAUUCCUCGGCCCCAGCACCAUGGGCACGCUUGUCGUCGCGCUGCCGUCGCCGCACGCGCGGACGAUCACGAUCUCGGCCGGGCCCGAGACGAGUACGAUGACCUGGACGCCGGGCGCGGGCUUGAGCUACGCUGCGUGGUAUGGCGACUGCACCGUUGACGUGGCGCCCAUCGUGGACGGUCGGCGCGCCUACCUCGUGUACGACCUCUCCUAUGUCUUACCGCACACUUACCGCACGGCGCCGGCGGUCCCGGCGUCGCUGCCCGCCACGCUCGCAGCGCUCGCGGCUCGCCCGAACCAGGUGCCCACCACGUUUGCAUACCGCAUCCAGCCCACGACCAACGACGAUGCAUUGGACUUUGCCCAUCUCCGGGACCGGGACGCUGCGUUCGUGCAGGCGCUCGUCGACAGCGGUGCCUAUGACGUGGCACUCGUCAACGUGCGCGACCCGACGCCGCCACGGACGUUGCCGGACGCAAUGCUAACAACGAUACGAGACAUGCUCCUGCGCGCCGGUUCCAACAACGACGGUGACGACGACGACGACGACGACGAUUCGGGCAGCGACGACUUUGACGACGACGCCGACGACCACGAAGCCGCGACGCCAGCGCAGGUCGACCAGCUCGCGUUCCGAGCCAUGCAAGAGCUGUACGGUCGGCAGCGACCGCCGCCGCGCGACGACGUCGAGCUGGACACGCGAAACUUGGCCGCGCUCAUGGUGCGCGGCGCGCCCGAGAUGCCGUUCGACGAUCACGACGGCGGCAACCGGUGCAACGAAGGUCGCCCGUACGGCUACGACCAGGCAGACUUUGAGUCGACGGCGUCCGUCACCGAGUAUGAAACCGGGUCGGAGGCCGGUCUCGACGACUCGGACGACGACGACGACGACGACUCGGACGACUCGGAGCACGAAGAUGACGCCGACAUGCUGGGCGACGACGACUCGUCCGACGACGACGACGAUAUCUUUGGUUUCGGCCGCCUGCUCCUGCCACGAUCCAAGCGCGCUCUGGAAAUCUCCAGCGCCAUCGUCCAUGCCGCAUCGGGCGACAUCGGAUCGGCGCUGGAGACCCACCUCCUCGACCGCGCCGUCGGGACGUGGGUCGGGACCCGCAGCAUCUACAACAUUGUCUCACCCGUGCUCGUUUUUUGGCCCAAGAAACACCGGGUGCGGCUACUUGGCUACCGCAACGCCGUCGACACCCUCCAGCGCGCUGUGACCUCAUCGUCGGCGUCGCCUCUGCUCGGGUUCGACUCGGUGCACGCACUCGCGGCCGCCGUCAUGGACACAGUCGGCACUGCUUUGUGUGCCACGACACCCGAGGACUCGAGCGCGCUCGCCGCCUUCAUUUUGACGUCGACACCGGCCCUGCGGGUUCUCUAUGUACGGCACAUGAUUGACCUCCGGGACGAAACCUCCCGGCGCCAUGGCCGCAAGUGGCUUAUCUCGGUCUUGACCACAUUUGGCUGGGAGAGCAUCGGGCCUGCGGUCGUCGAGCUCGUUGCGCGGUCGAGCACGGACUGGAAGGGCACGGUGUUGACGCUGCGCUUCCUCGAUACGCUGCUGCCGACGACGGCGUCGUAUGCGCAGCAACCGUUCUUUGGCGAGCUCGUGAUCAUGUGCUGGUACGCGUUGCUCACGAACGUCGGGUCGUUUGAAGAUGUGAGCGCGCACGAGUGGCAGCACGCCAUCAGCGUCGAUAGCCGGCUCUCGUUGCUGUGCCACGCGCGGUCCAUGGACGCCCGCGUCGCCGCGUUGUAUGAUGCCAGUGACGCGCCGCACGUCACGUGGCUCGGCGGCCACCUCCCGGGGCCGGUGCUGGCCAACAUCCGGGCGUUUCUCGCACCCGCGCACACGCUGCUCGCGGUCGUCACCAAGUUUUCGGCGGCGUUCCACGGCCUCCACGUCAUCUUGCCGGCGCUACUGCGCCUCGACGAUGGGCGGCUCGAGGCGCCGUGGAUGGCGCCCUACCUUGCGCUGGUUCAUGCGGCCAUCGAAUCGGAGCGCGAGCUGCCGAUGCAUGGCCUCUCGUCCAUUUUUGCCCUUGGCGCCAAGCGAGGCAUCUUGUCGGCGGUCGUGCAGAAGGCGUGGUCGACCCACCGCAGUCGGACCACAUUGCCGCUGCUUCGCGCCAUCAACGACGGCAUGGUCAUCACGUCACCUGCGGACGUCCGCUCGAUCGCCGACCUGGUGACGACGACCACGCUCGCGCUCAACGAGGCCGUGGCGGACGUUAUCAUGUUUUACGACGGCAUGGGCUACGACGACACGCCGCCGGUGAAGGCAGUGCACGCAGCGCUCUCCAUCCUCGCGGUUGUGUCGCCGUCGCAUGUGCGUCCGUUCGUCGACGACGUCAUCGCCAAGGUCGGCGCGAAAUCGGACCCUCUCUUCUUCGUCCGGGACCUCCUCUACCCGACGAUCCAGUAUCUGGACGCCAAGCUCCUGACGACGACGAAUGUCACCGUUGUUCGGGCGCCGUUGGUCGAAGCGGUCGUCAACGCGCUUGACCCGUUCCUUCGCGCGACGCGCCGGUCGGGGCCAACGACCGUUGCGCUAUCGUGCCGCUGCUCGCAGUGCCAGCGCGUUUCGAGUGAGCUCGCCAAGCAGGCGCCGACGCGAUCGAUCGACCAAGUGUUUCGUGCGACCUGCGACCAGCUCCGCGCAUUUGUAACAAAAUGGCGCCCCCACCGACGCAUCUCCGUGUCCUUUGUUGGUGCGCGCAAUAUGCGCAUCCGCAUGCUCUCGGAAGCAGGCGCGAGCGCCCGGCGCGAACGCGACGAAGCGUGCUUGGCGUACCUUCGUGGCGGCGACAUGGCGUUGCCAGUGACGCGCAAGCGGCCGCGCGCGACGACACCGAUGGCCGACGCCAAGCGGGCCAAGCCGACGGCCGACACCGAAGGGUAAACCCCACUCUGGUGCGCACCAUUUCCAUUCUAUUUGCUAAGUUUAUACACGACAUUUUGUA